AUGGAGCUUCCUCCGCUGACCCUGGGGCAGCUCUCGCAGCUGGUGGGCUCCAGUACUCCACCAUCACAGCUCUUCGCGGCCUUGUCGCGAUAUGAACUAGAAGCCUGUAUUAUGUGUGCAGGAAGUGGCAGCCCUGAGCUAGGUGGGGGUGACUCUGAAUUAUUAUGCUUGUUCUACUCGAGCUUCUUCCUGGUGCAUCUUCUUACCGAUCAAGUACCUGAAGCUCGCGCUCUAACGAAACGAAUGCCGGAAGCUCUGCUGCAACAGGAUCCUUCCCUAAAAAACUGUCUGGCUUUACUACGAGCGGUAUGGCAGAAUCAACAUGGCCCGGUCUACCAAAUCCUUCGAGACCUACCCUGGCCGAAGACCUUGCGACCACUGGUAGGGAGAUAUGAAAGCUUCUUCCAAGACAAGACCUUGAUCGCAGUGAGCAGGUCUUACGAAGCUAUACGGCUAGCCACAGCAGCAAAUUACCUUGGCCUCGACCAACACCUCGCCGAGCGGGAAGACCCGGACAUCAUAUCGAAUUUCACCAAGUGUGGAUGGACAUGGGAACCGGAAGCAAAGCUGCUGUACCCCAAACCUAUUGUUGUAUCACCCGCGGACGAUGUAUCCUCCAAUGGCAUUCGGGAAGCGAUGGAAAUGCUGGGAACUCGUGGAAGUUGA